GCCAUGGCCCAUGGACUCAGAAGUCGCGCGUCGCGGCCAGUGGGGCUGUGCGGGUGUCACCGUGGCAGCGCCACCCUGCUCGCACCGCUCAAGGCGGCAGCGGCGCAGCGCCACCACCUGGCCGUAGGCACCUCAAGCCACGUACUGCUGCGCGCCGCCGUCGUCUUCCCGACAUCACCUGCACCGCCCUCGAGAUUGAAGUGUCAAUCAGCAACGCUGUACCGCGCGACAGGUCGGUAGCAUGCACAGGGCAGCGCGGUGACUGGGGAGCACGACGAAGGAGGCGCGACAAUGGAAGCCACCGCAUCACUCCUCCUCCCAGUCGUCUCUUGCGCGGUGGCAUUGCUCCUGUUACUCUCCGCCCAGAAUCCAUCCAGAGCCGCCGAAGCCAGCGGCGUCCACCACCCGCUGCCACCGUCCCCGCCGGCCGUCCCGAUCGUGGGCCCACUCCUCUGGCUCGUGCGUGCGCGCAACCGCCUAGAACCGGCCAUCCGGGAGCUGCACCGCCGGCACGGCCCCGUCCUCGCGCUGCGCUUCCUCUCCCCGCGCCCCGCCAUCUUCGUGUCCGGCCGGGGCGCCACCCACCGCGCGCUCGUCGCGCGCGGGCCUGCGUUCGCCAGCCGGCCGCCGGCCAUCGCGCCCUUCCGCGUGCUCAACAGCGGCCAGAACACCGUCAGCUCCGCGCCGUACGGUCCGCUCUGGCGCUCGCUGCGUCGGAACCUCACCUCCGGCAUCCUCUGCCAGUCGCGGGUCCCACUGUUCGCGCCGGCGCGGCGGCGGGCUCUGGCGACCCUGGUUUCCGACCUCGGGCGCCGGAGCAAGGACGCGGGCGGGGGCGUGGUGGUGGUCGUGGAGUGCCUCCAGUUCGCCGUGUUCUCGCUGCUCACCCACAUGUGCUUCGGCCGGAGGCUGCACCGCCGCCGCGUCGCGGACAUCGAAGCCGUGCAGAGGGAGCUCUUCGCGUCGGACAUCGGCUUCCAGGUGUUCGCCUUUUGCCCGGCGGUCACCAAGCUCUUGUUCUGCCGGCGGUGGAACAAGGUGCUCUCCAUCCGGCGGAGGCAGGAGGAGCUGUUUCUACCACUGAUCAGAGAAAGAAGAGACCGUCGGGGCAGCAGCAUGCCUAGUACAACGAAUGGGGAGGAGCCCGAGACCGAGAGCCUCUCGUACUGCUACGUCGACACGCUGCUCGCCCACCGGCUGCCUAAGGAGGAAGGCGAGCGCGCGCUCACCGACGGCGAGAUGGUGAGCCUCUGCACGGAGUUCCUCACCGCGAGCGUCGACACGACGGUGACCGCGCUCCAUUGGAUCGUGGCGAACCUGGUGAGGCAGCCGGAGGUGCAGUCGAAGCUCCUGGACGAAAUCAACGCGGCGGUCACGGGCACCGACGAGAACGAGAGUGGCAUCGCCGAGGAGGACCUGAAGCGCAUGCCGUACCUGAAGGCGGUGGUCCUGGAAGGGCUUCGCCGCCACCCGCCGGCGCACUUCCUCCUGUCGCACGCGGCGGUGGAGGAGACGUCGCUGGACGGGCACCGCGUGCCGGCCGCCACGUCGGUGAACUUCUCGGUGGCCGACGUCUCGAUGGACGAGACCGUCUGGGACCGCCCGGAGGAGUUCAAGCCGGAGAGGUUCGUGAACGGCGGGGAAGGCGCCGGCGUGGACCUCACGGGGAGCCGCGAGAUCAAGAUGAUGCCGUUCGGCGUCGGCAGGAGGAUCUGUCCGGGCCUGGGCCUCGCACUGCUGCACCUCGAGUACUUCGUGGCAAACCUGGUGCUCGAGUUCGAGUGGGGGUCGGUGGCCGGUGUCGGCGUGGAUCUCACCGAGAGGCCGGAGUUCACCGUGACCAUGGAGCGCCCGUUGCGCGCGCGGGUAACCCCGAGGGCGAGAAGACGCGCUGCCGUUUCGAUAUGAUUGCAUUUGAUUUGCACACAAAUGGUUUGGUGACGUAUACAGUUUAGGCCUCGUGCUUAAAGCAAGCAGUGUCAGUGAGGUUU